AAAUCUUCAGCGCAAUAAUUUUUGUGAUCAAUAUUGCCUUGAAAUUCAACCACAAUGUUUAAAACAGCACUUUACCUUUUUGCUUUAGCACUAAUUGUUAAAGCCGAUGAACAUUUCAUUGACGAUUGUCUUAAUUCUGGUAAAAAUCCUAUUGUUCUCUAUAAUCAAGAAGUAAGUAAAGAUGGCCACAUUUUCCAAAUUCAAGAGCAAAACAUUAGGAUUCCAUUGACUGGUUUUUCUGAGAGCCCAAUCACAUGUAUUACUGUUGUCAACUUACUAAGUGACCUUGACGGUGGUUACCCUUACAUAAAAGCAGGUGGAGUCAAUUAUACAUACGUCGAUCUCUAUUUGAAAUCCCAAAAACGCAAAGGAUUUGAUUUUAGAAUUACUGUCUACUAUGAUAAAUCCCAAAAUAGUAAUGUUAGCUAUGUAUAAAAUAAAUAUUUUUUAAACUAAUUUGUUUUCUUGUCCAAUAAAUACAA